AUGGCGCCUGGUUUUUUGUGUGUGCGAUAAAAUUAUUGUUUUCGUAAUAAUGAAAUGUGUAGUUGAGUGUUAAUGUUUUUUUGUUGUUUUUAAUAUAGAAUAUAAAAUGAGAUACCAUUACACGAUAGAUAUGGAAAAAAUGGAUAAGUUUAAGACAGAUUACGUGUGUGUCAAUCAUGUCUGCAGCGUCCUAUACCGCCUUUUUUACUGACUUGAUUGGUCUAAUUUAGUAGUAAUCGCCUUGAUUUUUUAAUGUAAAAUCAAUAUAAGUUUGUUACCUACCGUUUAUCAGUGAUGUGUUAUCAAAAAUAAGUGUUUAUGCGGCGUUGUGUUUUUGAUGGAUGCGUUUUGCAUUAGUAGUUGUGAAAGCGUACAUGUAGGUAAUGGUCGAACUGUCAUGAGGAGUAGUGUUUACUAUCGGGACUGUGGACUUGUGUUGGUUAAUUUGUUUAUCGGCGCGGAAUAAGAUUUGUUGUCAACAUGUGUAUGCCAACGCCGAGCAAUGUGUCGGGCUUCGGUUACUCGUGGGGCUUUACCAGCUCCGCCGACCUGACGAAGGGCGAGGUGGAGACUCCAAGCAGUUUAAGUUAUACUUUAGGGAACACAAUUUCACCUGAAACCACAUUGACGGUUAUGUCACACAAGUCACCACAAGUGCAGGAGAAAGUUGGUACAGUAGUCGCUGUGUCGAAUGCUGCUCAGGUGACCAGGGUGGUGGCAACAGGCACUCCAGUCACCUCCCGGAGGAUGUUUGUAGUGAGUGAGGCGCCCGCACACACACUCAACAGGGUCUCACAGCAAAACCAAACCGCUACAAUACAGACAACAAAUCUAGGUCCUAAACAAUUUCUCACACCAAUUGGACCUAUCCAGUUAACAGCAGAAGAAUGCAACGAAAUCUUAAUGAAAAGAGCGCUGCAGGCACAGGGUAUAGCGACGCCUGUGAUAGAUGCGUCGCAACUCAACCACACGUUGUUGAAUGGCAGCCUAAAGACUAUAACGGAAGCAGCCCAGACCCAAGCGGACACGAUACAAACAACAACAGUACAUCAGCAUAAUAUGCUGCAUACAAAACAAGAACCGGGAACUGCAAAUAAUUCACCUAAAGUUGAGGCGGUGUAUUCACAGACGGAGGUGCUGGGCGGAGCGGUGUUGCUGGCGGGGCACGCGCCUGCUCCCGCCGCCGGUGUCAAGGAGCGCCCCUACUCGUGCGACGAGUGCGGCAAGUCGUUCCUCCUCAAGCAUCAUCUUACUACACAUGCACGAGUACAUACUGGAGAGCGGCCGCAUGUGUGCGCGCACUGCGGCAAGGCGUUCGCUCGCAAGCACUGCCUCAACACUCACCUGCUGCUGCACUCCGCAGACCGCCCCUUCAAGUGUCACGAGUGUAAGAUGGCCUUCACACUCAAACAUCAUCUCGUCACGCACUCAAGGGUACACAGCCGCGGGCGGCCGUUCAUGUGCGGUGAGUGCGGUCGCGGCUUCCCGCUGAAGAGGCACCUCGUAACACACAGCAAGUACCACGCCGGGGAACGUCCCUACGUCUGCAGCGACUGCGGCGAGAACUUUGCACAGAAGGAGCACUUGGUGAUGCACAGCAGGUUCCACGGGUCGCUGUCGCCGUUCGUAUGUCCCGACUGCGGCGCGGCGUUCGCCCGCAAGUUCCAGCUGGUGAACCACGGGCGAGCACACGGCCGCGUGCCUCACGCCUGUCCCGUCUGCGGCAAGGAGUUCCUGCAGAAGCGCACGCUCGUCGCACACAUGAAAAUCCAUACAGCAGAGGGCGUUGUUGCAUGUUUCGAAUGUGGCGAAGCGUUCAAAAGUAAAUCAGAACUACAGCAGCAUUGUAAGAUGACGAGGCACUGUUUGAGCACCUCGCAGACACAACAGCAACAGCAACAACAGCAGCAGCAACAGCAACAGCAACAAGUACAGCAACAACAACAGCAACAACAACAACAACAACAACAACAGCAGCAGCAGCAGCAACAACAGCAACAACAACAAACUACUGUGAUAAAACAAGAUGAUUUCAAACCACAAAUUGUUCAGGUGAUUGGUGCGGACGGACAAAUAUUGUCUGAGAAAAGCGGCCCCAGCUAUGUGUGCCCGGAGUGUGUUUCAUGUUUCAAUACUAAGGAGGCACUGUCGCUGCAUCUGCGGCUGCACGCCGGCGACCGCACUUGUGUGACCGACCUGUGUGCGCUCACUGCCGCGCUGCAGCCCGGCCUCGUCGCCGCGCACCACGCCGCCGCCGCGCACCAGACACCACAGCACUCACAACCAAUACAAAUAAUAUCUUCAAAUCCCAACAAUGUGGUACACACGCAAGUCAUAGCUACGAAUCAUCACAUAACUCCGCCGCGGCCUAAGAUUCACUUUUGUGCGGAUUGUGGGAAAGGUUUUGCGGCAAAACAUGGACUGCAGGCACAUCAUAGAAGACAUCCGGACGGCAGCUGUACAUUACGGACACACGUGUGUGACCAGUGCGGCAAAGCGUUCUUCCAGAAGAACCACCUCAUGCUGCAUCAACGACAGCACAUGGACCUGCCACCCAGAAAUUCACAAGUGCAACAGGCGACACAGCAAGCGCAACAGCAGGCGGCGCAACAAGCAGCGCAGCAAGCCGCGCAGCAGGUUGCUCAACAAGUCGCGCAACAAGUGCAGCAACAACAACAGCAGCAGCAGCAACAACAACAACAGCAACAACAACAACAACAACAACAACAACAACAGCAAGAACAUCACCAGAAUAACCUCGAAAUGGACCAACAAGACCAUCAGCAACCCACGCACAUACAAGUUGUGACGAACCGGUCGGGGCAGGUGAUCGGCAACCACAUCCUGGUGGGGUCGCUGGGCGGCGUACAGCGGCGGGUGUUCGGUACACCGCUACACGUCAUAGGCCGCGACGGAAAACCUCUCGCCGCACACCACGCGCCUCACAAACCUGCCACUGCGAGACACCACGCCAACACAGACGUAAAGGAGGUGGGAGGUCUGGUGCUGUCGGCGGGGCGCAGCGGACUCAUCAAGUACGAGAUCUCCAUCCCGCCGACGCCCACAGUGCUGCAGGUGCAGCCCAUGGACUGAGACCUGCGACACAUGUGUCUGCUGAAACCAUCGACACUAGACACCUGCUAGCAUUUGGCGCGCACUCACCUGCGGAUCAUCUCGCCGUGUGAUGCUAUAGCCAUCGGUUUUGACCUCCAGUACCAUAUGGUUUGGUUUGAAGUGCGGCUCAACUGACGCUGGUUUAACUUUGACGCGCAAGUGAAAUGGUAGUUUGCUGAAACCAUUGAUACUAGACUCUCGGAAAUGUACUGUGUGGUGUUUGGUGCGGUGCAACUGGCGGUGGUUAUCUAUUAAAACAGAGCAAUAUCAGACCUUCGUUAACCCAUUGAGUGACUCAAAGUGUAGUUCAACUUGUGUUGGUCUGGUCGUGUGAUUGCAGCUGCCACCGAUACUAGAACCCGAUACAGUGAUAACGUGAUUCAAAGUGUGGUUCAACUUACGUUGGUUUUUCAAUAGACUCUGUUAUUGAUCGAACAGAAAUAUCAAACAAAGAAAACAUUGCCAUGGCCGAAGCAUUCUGAAGGUAUUUAUUUUCGAGUUUUUAAAGAGCCUUAUAAA